GCAGAUGGUGGGACUAUUGGAAACCGUAAUCCCAGAGCUCCAGCAGAUGGCAUGGAGAGCCCAGCAAUGAGCAGCAGAGGUGGGAGAACCUCGGGAGGAGGAGUUGCUCUGCACAUGUGCAGAAGAAGUAGAGCCAGGAGACAGCAGCAGCAUUCAGCAGCUACUAUAGAGCCAGCAAAGGCACAGCAGCAGCAGCUCUCCCCACCAUCUCCUGCCCAGAGUAACGUGCACAAUGCCGGUGACUGAGAAGGACCUGGCUGAGGAUGCCCCCUGGAAGAAGAUCCAGCAGAACACCUUCACCCGCUGGUGCAAUGAGCACCUGAAGUGUGUGAACAAGAGGAUAGGCAACCUGCAGACCGACCUGAGCGAUGGGCUGCGGCUCAUUGCACUGCUGGAGGUCCUGAGCCAGAAGAGGAUGUACAGAAAGUACCACCAGAGACCCACCUUCAGCCAGAUGCAGCUGGAGAACGUCUCCGUGGCCCUGGAGUUUCUGGAGAAAGAGAACAUAAAGCUGGUGUCCAUAGACAGCAAAGCUAUUGUGGAUGGGAACUUGAAGCUGAUCCUGGGUCUUAUCUGGACCCUCAUUCUGCACUAUUCCAUCUCUAUGCCCGUCUGGGAAGAUGAGGGUGAUGAAGAGACCAAAAACCAGACCCCAAAACAGAGGCUUCUGGGCUGGAUUCAGAACAAAAUCCCUUACCUGCCAAUUACCAACUUCAGCCACAACUGGAAAGAUGGAAAAGCCCUGGGUGCCCUGGUUGACAGCUGUGCUCCAGGUUUGUGCCCAGACUGGGAAACGUGGGACCCCAAGAAGCCUGUUGAUAAUGCUCGGGAAGCCAUGCAACAAGCCGAUGAUUGGCUGGGCGUCCCUCAGGUGAUUGCCCCAGAAGAGAUCAUUCACCCAGAUGUAGAUGAACACUCUGUCAUGACCUACCUGUCUCAGUUCCCGAAAGCGAAACUGAAACCUGGAGCCCCUCUGAAGCCCAAACUGAACCCUAAAAAAGCCAGAGCUUACGGCCGAGGUGUGGACCCAACUGGGAACAUGGUGAAAAGACCGGCGCCGUUCACUGUGGAGACCAUCAGUGCUGGACAAGGAGAAGUUCUGGUCUUUGUGGAGGACCCUGAAGGAAUACGGGAAGAGGCCAAGGUCACACCCAACAAUGACAAGAACAAGACAUUCUCUGUGGAGUAUGUACCUAAAGUGACCGGGAUCCAUAAGGUGACUGUGCUCUUUGCCGGUCAGCACAUUUCAAAGAGUCCAUUUGAAGUGAACGUUGAGAAGGCUCAAGGAGACGCCAGUAAAGUGACAGCUAAAGGACCCGGCCUGGAACCAACUGGCAACAUUGCCAAUAAACCCACUUAUUUUGACAUUUACACAGCAGGGGCAGGAGUUGGGGAUAUUGGCAUAGAGGUGACAGACCCUCAGGGGAAGAACAAUACUGUUGAUAUUGCUCUUGAAGAUAAAGGAAAUUGCGUAUACCGCUGUACCUACAAACCGGUAAAAGCCGGACCUCACAGUGUUGGCAUCAGUUUUGGUGGAGAAGCCACGCCCAAAAGUCCUUAUGUGGUCAAUGUUGGGGAAGCCUGUAACCCGAAUGCUUGUCGAGCCAGCGGACGUGGCUUGCAGCCCAGAGGCGUCAGGAUCAGAGAAACUGCUGAUUUUAAGGUCGACACCAGGCCUGCAGGAAGUGGUGACCUCCAUGUCUCCGUGAAAGGGCCAAAGGGUCUGGACGAGCUUGUGAAACAGUUGGAGGCGGUAGAUGGCGUGCAUUUGUUUGAGUAUUACCCCCUGCACCCUGGGAAACAUGUGGUGACCAUCACUUGGGGUGGAUAUCAGAUCCCUAAAAGCCCAUUUGAAGUCCAGGUGGGACCUGAAGCCGGUCCUCAGAAAGUCCGGGCAUGGGGACCUGGGCUGUGUGGGGGUGUUGUAGGGAGAUCGGCAGACUUUGUGGUGGAGUCCAUAGGCACGGAGGUGGGGUCAUUAGGCUUCGCCAUUGAAGGUCCAUCUCAAGCAAAGAUUGAAUGUGAUGAUCAAAGUGAUGGCUCAUGUGAUGUCAAGUACUGGCCAAAAGAGCCUGGUGAAUAUGCUGUCCAUAUCAUGUGUGACGAUGAAGAUAUUAAGAAUAGUCCGUACAUGGCGUACAUCCAACCAGCAUCAGGAGAUUUUAACCCGGAUAAGGUUAAAGCAUAUGGUCCAGGGCUGGAGAAAAGUGGGUGCAUUGUGAAUAAUCCAGCGGAAUUUUUUGUCGAUCCGAGAGAGGCUGGAAUGGCUCCUUUAAAAGUCUACGCUCAGGAUGUGGAAGGCAAUCUAGUGGAUAUCUACACAAAUCCUAAACCAGAUGGCAUUUAUGCCUGCUCAUACAAUCCGGCUAAACCAAUCAAACAUACAGUUGCCGUUACAUGGGGUGGCAUCAGUGUGCCCAACAGUCCAUUCAGGGUGAACAUCGGACAAGGCAGCCACCCACAAAAAGUCAGAGUUUUUGGCCCUGGUGUUGAGAAAUCAGGUUUAAAAGCAAAUGAGCCGACACAUUUUACAGUGGACUGUACAGAGGCUGGAGAGGGUGACGUUAGUGUUGGAAUUAAGUGUGAUGCCAAUGCGACCAAUGAUGAAGAAGACAUUGAUUUUGAUAUCAUCCCCAAUGCAAAUGACACAUUUACCGUUAAGUACAUGCCCCCUGCUGCAGGACGGUAUACUAUUAAAGCUCUCUUCGCUGGAGAGGAAAUUCCAUCUAGCCCAUUCAGAAUCCGAGUCGAACCCUCACAUGAUGCCAGCAAAGUGAAGGUGGAAGGUCCAGGGCUUAGUAAAUCUGGUGUUGAAAAUGGGAAACCGACUCAUUUUACAGUCUUUACCAAAGGUGCUGGAAAAGCCCCUGUUGAUGUUCACUUCAAUGGACCCUCCCCAGGAGAUGCUGUAAAAGAUUUUGAAAUUAUUGAUAAUUACGAUUACUCCCACACUGUCCGAUACACACCAGUCCAGCAGGGAAAGAUCAACGUAGACGUCAAUUAUGGAGGGGACGCUAUUCCAAAAAGCCCAUUUACUGUAGGGGUUGCGGCUCCUUUGGACCUCAACAAGAUCAAGAUCAAUGGAUUAGAUAGUAGAGUUGAAGUUGGUAAAGACCAGGAGUUCUCCGUAGACACAAAGGGCGCUGGUGGACAAGGUAAACUAGAUGUCAAAAUUAGCAGUCCCAGCAAGAAGUCUGUUCCUUGCUUAGUGGAACCAGUUCCUGGCAAAGAAUCCAGCUCUGUGAAAUAUAUCCCCAAAGAGGAAGGUGUGUAUGAUGUGGAGGUGAACUAUGAUGGGAACCCAGUUCCAGGAAGUCCGUAUACUGUGGAAGCCACCUUACCGCCUGAUCCUACAAAGGUUAAAGCUUAUGGGCCUGGCCUAAAAGGAGGACUUGUUGGGCAAGCUGCAGAAUUUACCAUUGACACUAAAGGAGCAGGCACUGGAGGCUUGGGCCUAACUGUUGAAGGUCCUUGUGAAGCUAAAAUUGAAUGUUCCGAUAAUGGCGAUGGCACAUGUUCAGUCUCCUACUUGCCUACCACACCUGGUGAAUACUUUGUCAACAUCCUUUUUGAAGAGACUCAUAUUCCAGGUUCACCCUUCCAAGCCGACAUUGAAAUGCCCUUUGAUCCCACAAAAGUCAUUGCUAUAGGUCCUGGCUUGGAGAAUGGCAAAGUUGGGGAGGCUGGCCUGAUUCAUGUGGACUGUUCACAAGCAGGACCUGGAGUUCUGACAAUGGAAGCAGUGUCUGAUUCUGGUUCUAAAGCGGAGGUUUACAUCCAAGAUAACAGUGAUGGAACCCAUGCAGUCACCUAUGUCCCACUGUUUGCUGGCAUGUAUACAUUGUCUAUGAAAUAUGGAGGUGAACAAGUGCCAAAAUUUCCUUCCAGGGUUAAGAUUGACCCAUCAGUGGACACCAGUAAAAUCAAAGUAUUUGGACCUGGGGUAGAAGAGGAUGGUGUUUUCAGAGAAGCUACAACAAAUUUUACGGUGGAUGCGCGAUCUCUGACACGGACGGGGGGAAACCACAUCAAGACCAAAAUCCUAAAUCCAUCUGGGGCAUCCACAGAUUGUCUAAGCAAAGAUAAUGGUGAUGGAACAUAUGACUUGGAGUACACACCUUUUGAAAAAGGUGUCCAUUCUGUGAAGGUGACAUAUGAUGAUGAACCUGUACCUAAAAGUCCAUUUAAGGUGGGAGUGACAGAAGGCUGUUUUCCCACUCGGGUAAAGGCUCAAGGUCCUGGACUUCAGGAGGCUCUCACAAACAAACCAAAUGCCUUCUCUGUAAUAACAAGAGGUGCUGGAAUUGGUGGUCUGGGGAUUACAGUCGAGGGUCCAUCAGAAUCCAAAAUGUCUUGUAAGGACAAUAAGGAUGGAAGCUGCAGCGUUGAAUACAUCCCUUUUGCCCCAGGAGAAUAUGAUGUGAAUAUCACGUAUGACUCUGAGCAUAUUCCAGGAAGUCCUUUCAAGGUUCCUGUAAAAGAUGUUGUAGAUCCCAGCAAAGUGAAGAUAGCUGGCAGCGGACUGGGAAAUGCCGUUCGGGCUAAAGUUCCCCAACAAUUUACAGUAGACACUAGCAAAGCCGGUAUUGCUCCUCUUAACGUGGUGGUGGCUGGGCCGAGAGGGGUUGUGGAACCAGUCGACAUAAUUGAUAAUGGAGAUGGGGCACAUACUGUGGCCUACACACCUAGCGUCGAAGGCCCUUACACUGUGUCUGUCCAGUAUGCCGAUGAGGAGAUUCCAAGGAGUCCUUUCAAGGUGAAGGUUCUUCCGACCUAUGAUCCCAGCAAGGUGACCGCCAAUGGCCCAGGGCUUAGCACCCAGGGAGUUCCGGCCAGUCUUCCCGUUGACUUCGCAGUAAAUGCUAAAGAUGCUGGGUUGGGAGCUCUCUCUGUCCAAAUUACUGACCAAGAAGGUAAGCCGAAGAAGGCUGAAAUCCUGGACAACAAGGACGGAACCUAUGCCGUAUCAUACGUUCCUGACAAAACUGGGCGCUAUCAGGUGGCAGUUAAAUAUGGUGGUGAUGAUAUUCCUUACUCUCCAUAUAGAGUCCGGGCAAUGCCCUCAGGAGAUGCCAGCAAGUGCACCGCUGCAGGGCCUGGCAUACAACCUGCGGUGAAGACUGGCGAGGAGGUCGGCUUUGUGGUUGAUGCCACGACCGCUGGAAAAGGGAAAGUGACUUGCAGCAUACUGGAUCCAGAUGGCCUGGAAUCAGAAGCAGAUGUAAUUGAAAAUGAAGAUGGCACGUAUGAUAUCUUCUACACUACCGCUAAAACCGGACCCUAUGUCAUACACGUCCGCUUCGGUGGAGUGGACAUCCCUAACAGUCCCUUCACUGUCAUGGCUACAGAUGAAGUCCCAGUAGUGGCUCAAGAGCAGACUCUAAAUGCCUGUCCUCCAGGCUAUGAACCCUUGGUAUCUGAAUCUGCAUAUGCACCUGUUGGCUCUAUGAAUGGCAUGGGCUUCAGGCCUUUCGAUUUGGUUAUACCAUUUGCCAUAAGAACAGGAGAGAUAACAGGUGAAGUCAUUAUGCCUUCAGGGAAGACUGCGCCUGCGGAAAUAGUUGACAACAAAGAUGGAACAGUGUCUGUGCGUUAUGUUCCAACGGAGACCGGACUCCAUGAGUUACACAUCAAAUGUAAUGGAGCGCAUAUUCCAGAGAGUCCGUUACAGUUCUUUGUUAACUAUCCAAAUACUGGAAGCGUUUCAGCUUAUGGACCAGGCCUGAUAUAUGGUGUAGCCAACAAGCCAGCCACAUUCACCAUUGUUACAGAGGACGCAGGAGAAGGUGGUCUUGAUCUGGCAAUUGAAGGACCCUCAAAAGCAGAGAUCAGCUGCAUUGAUAACAAGGACGGAACAUGCAGUGUGACCUACCUGCCAACGCUACCUGGGGACUACAGCAUCCUAGUUAAAUACAAUGAUACACAUAUUGCGGGAAGCCCGUUUAUUGCCAAAAUUACUGAUGACAGCAGGAGACGUUCCCAAGUCAAACUGGGGUCCACGGCUGAUUUCUUGCUGGAUAUCAACGAGACAGAUCUCAGCCUGCUGACAGCCAAUAUUAAAGCCCCAUCUGGUCAUGAUGAGCCAUGUAUACUGAAGAGGCUGCCAAAUAACCAUAUUGGUAUCUCUUUUAUUCCACGGGAAGUGGGUGAACAUUUGGUCAGCAUAAAGAAAAAUGGGCGUCAUGUCCCCAACAGUCCUAUAUCCAUCAUGGUCUACCAGUCGGAAAUAGGAGAUGCCAGCAAGGUGAAAGUUUAUGGUCAAGGGUUAACAGAGGGACGUACGUUUGAGAUGUCUGAUUUUGUGGUGGACACCAGAGAAGCUGGCUAUGGUGGGCUCUCCUUAGCAGUUGAAGGACCAAGUAAAGUUGACAUUCAGACUGAAGACUUAGACGAUGGCACCUGCCAGGUCUCUUAUUGUCCAACAGAGCCAGGUGUUUAUAUUGUAUCCAUCAAAUUUGCGGAUGAACACAUCCCAGGAAGUCCCUUCACAGCCAAAGUGACAGGAGAAGGGAGAGUGAAGGAGAGUAUUACAAGACGGAGAAAGGCUCCAUCGGUGGCUACAGUAGGGGGCAUCUGUGAACUAAAUUUAAAAAUCCCAGAAAUCGAUAGGCGAGAAAUGUCUGCUGUAGUCACCAGCCCCUCGGGGCGAACAGAUGAGGCUGAAAUAGUUGACCUUGGCCAGAAUACAUCAUGUGUGCGCUUUAUUCCACAAGAGAUGGGGGUGCACACAGUGAGUGUAAAAUACAAAGGGGAGCACCUGCCGGGCAGCCCAUUCCAGUUCACUGUAGGGCCACUGGGAGAAGGGGGAGCGGAGAAAGUGAAGGCCGGAGGCCCCGGUCUGGAGAGAGGAGAGGCUGGUAUUCCAGCUGAAUUCAGCAUAUGGACGCGAGAAGCGGGUGCUGGGGGGCUUUCCAUCGCAGUGGAGGGUCCAAGCAAAGCAGAGAUCUCAUUUGAAGACCGUAAAGAUGGUUCCUCCGGAGUGUCUUAUGUUGUACAAGAACCUGGUGACUACGAAGUGAUCAUCAAGUUCAACGAUGAACAUAUACCUCAGAGCCCGUUCAUGGUGCCCAUCAUCGCCCCGUCUGAUGACGCCCGUAGGCUGACUGUCUCUAGUCUUCAGGAGUCUGGCCUCAAGGUGAAUCAGCCGGUAUCAUUUGCCAUCAGACUGAAUGGAGCAAAGGGCAAGAUAGAUGCCAAGGUGCAUAGUCCUUCUGGAGCUGUGGAAGAAUGCCAUGUUUCCGAACUGGAGCCGGACAAAUACGCAGUGCGUUUCGUUCCACGGGAGAAUGGCAUACACACAAUUGAUGUGAAGUUUAAUGGCAGCCAUGUACCUGGCAGUCCUUUUAAAGUACGUGUGGGAGAACCAGGGCAGGAGGGUGACCCAGCUCUUGUUACGGCGUAUGGAACUGGACUGGAGAGAGGAACCACAGGGAAACAGUCUGAAUUCACCAUCAACACAAGUAAAGCAGGGCCCGGGGCCCUCUCUGUCACCAUCGAAGGCCCAUCAAAAGUGACAAUGGAAUGUAAGGAGUGCCCAGAAGGCUACAAUGUCCUCUAUACUCCAAUGGCCCCUGGAAAUUAUAUGAUUGGAGUGAAGUACGGGGGUCCCAACCACAUCCUUGGUAGUCCAUUCAAAGCAAAAGUAACAGGUCAGAGACUAGUCAGUGUUGGGGGAGUCAGUGAAACGUCAUCUAUCAUAGUGCAGUCUGUGACCCGCGCCUCCACAGAGACUGUAUAUAGUGCGCUGCCAAGGUUUGCUUCAGAUGCCAGUAAAGUCACAUCCAAAGGGGCCGGUCUGUCAAAAGCCUAUCUGGGACAGAAGAGCAUGUUCACCGUAGAUUGCAGUAAAGCAGGCUCUAACAUGUUACUAGUCGGAGUACAUGGUCCCACAAUACCCUGCGAGGAAGUAUCUAUAAAACAUCUGGGUAACAAACAGUAUAAUGUCAACUACCAUGUGAAGGAGAAAGGGGAUUACACUCUGGUAGUAAAAUGGGGAGAAGAGCACAUCCCCGGGAGCCCCUUCCAUGUCACCGUCCCGUAAAAUCCAUACAUUUUCCCAUCAGGAUUCAGAAGAAAGAAAAGACCUUUAUUGUCUGAUUCUCGUGGAGAUACCAUCGAAGGAUCUUCAGAAGUGAACAAAAACUUUCAUUGUAAUUUUAUGUGACUUUUUUAUACUAGGGAAAUUUUAAAAUUUUACAUGUAUUUUAGGUGUCCAAUUUAUAAUAUAAAUAGCGAAUCUCUACUGCUGAAAGGGCUUAUUUAUACUUGUUAAUAUUGUCUAACCCAUUGGAUGCCAAGUACAAUUACUUGUUCAUGGCGAAAAUUCUGAGUGAUGAUUUCAUAAGGGGACCAAUUAAAGUUUCUUAAAGAUCUGUAUGAAUUAAAACUGUAUUACCUCCAUCCACCCAGUGUCCGAUAUGUAAUGGAACUACUGAUUAUCCCUGUUCUAAGCCUCCGUCUAAUGUCUACUAAAUAGCAUCUGAAGUGAGAAUUGUGAUACUUAGAAGUAGUUGUGUGCCUUUUGUGUAUGUGACUAUUCAGUCACUGAGUUAAGCAGAAAGGCAAAUUAAAAUAGCUCUUUACCACUGCAGUAAGUGAUGCUUCCACCGUCAAUAGAACACUAAAUUAUAUUCUAGCCCAGUCUCUGCUGUUUACAUGUUAGACCGAAUGUAUAUUUUUGGGAGGGUUUUCUAUAAAUGCCAGCAAUCUUAUUUUUAUUGUUGACAAAAUAACUGCAAUCAGCACAUAAAUUAUUACUGUUAUAUAAGGUCACACUGAUAUCAAAUGGGCUGCGUUUGGUUAUUUUUUUUUAUAUAUCCUGAUGAUUAGUACUCAUUAGUGAAGGGCUUGGGUGUAGUGAUCAUCAUCUGCCUCUGUUGUAUGUUACUCUGUUUUGUUGCCAAUCAAACCCCUGCUGAGUUAUACUGCCAGAACGGCAUAUUUGUAUGCUUAUUAUAAUUAAUGAUAAUUAUAUGAUCAUUGUAUCGUUUUGGCAAUCAGCUCAUCUGCUAUAUACGAAAGGGAAAUACAUUAAACAAAUGACACUAGUAUCAAACACAUGGACAAGUUCUACUGUCCUGGCCCAAGGUAUAAGGUAAAUAUAUAAAUGUAUGUAACAGAUAAUUUCUAGCCGAUUGCUAGAGCCCAGUCAUAUAUGGAUUGUAAGUACCUAUUGCGGUUCCUGAAUAAUCAGCUUGGAAAACCUUCUUUUGUUCAUGACCUCAAGCACAGAUGCUUUUUUUAAAGCAGACUUUCCACGGGGUUACACUUUCACUGGUGAAAUGCGCAAAAGUCAUUUUUAAUAGGUAAACAGUAUUUUGUUUUCUACAUAAAAUAACUUUAUAGCAGACUGUUUUCUGAUCUUUUCUAGAAUAUGCAGUGCAUUUUAAAACACUAUUUUGGAUACACUAGCUGGCAUACCGAGAUAUUUGAAGCUUUUACUGUGUUUUGUGCCUCACUCUGAAACUCACUACUUUGUAAACCUGAAACGGAGAAACCAAUAAACUGGAAUAAAUGGUUUAGUAUCUGAUGCAAA